CACACAAAAUUACACCUCAAAAGAAUCAAAAACCAACUCAAAAAUUCCCAUUUCAUUAUUCUUUUUAUACAGAAUCAUGUAUAUAUAAACUUUAUUAUACAGAAAUUUUAUGUAAAUAAGUCAUUUCCCCCCAUUAAUUUCUGUCUCAAUAAAGAUUCUUGAAAAUGGGUUGUGCUGGAUCCAAAGAAAAUGAAGCAGCUAAACAGAUACGAAAACCAAAGCCUUGGAAGCAUUCAGAAGCUAUUACGAGGACUCAACUUGUACAGAUGCGUGACGAAUUCUGGGACACAGCACCACACUAUGGAGGUCGAAAAGAGAUCUGGGAUGCACUCCAAGCUGCAGCAGAGUCGGAUAUAAGCCUUGCACAAGCAAUCGUGGACAGUGCCGGAAUAAUUGUUCAAGCUGCCGAUUUAACAAUAUGCUACGACGAAAGAGGCGCCAAGUACGAGUUGCCCAAGUAUGUUCUUAGCGAGCCAACAAAUUUGAUUCGCGAAAACUGAAAACUGAAAAUACAAGUCCUUUAUGUACCAUGGCUUCAUUGAGACUGUAAAUUGUUGUAAAUUUACUGUAACAAGUUAUUUCUUUCAAAAAUUGAUAUUG